AAUGCGCCUAAAAUUCCAAUGGGUUCUAUUGGUCAGCCUGGCGGUGUUGUCAGCUGGAGCCGAUGACAAGGAUGCAGCAGAUGUGUUGACGAACGAAGCUCCGUCUGCUGAAACAAAAUUCUUGAUUUUGACCGUCGCCACUGAAGAAACUAGCGGCUACAAGCGUUACCAGCGUUCGGUGAAAAUCAAUGGAUUACCAGUUAAAGUUCUGGGUCUUGGAGAAGAAUGGAAGGGGGGAGAUAUGGCAAAUUCGGUUGGAGGCGGCCAGAAGGUGUUAAUGCUCCGGAAGGAAUUAGAGUUACAUAAAGAUGACCCUGAAAAAAUUAUUAUGUUUACUGAUGCGUAUGACGUCCUUUUCAAUGCCAAUGAAGAAAAAAUCCUCGAGCAAUUUCACCAGUUCAAUGCCCGUGUGGUUUUCUCCGCCGAAGGUUUCUGCUGGCCAGAUCCAAAUCUUGCUUCCAAGUACCCAGAGGUGGAACGAGGAAAACGUUUUUUGAACUCGGGACUAUUUAUGGGCUAUGCUCCCGAGUUAUACAAGAUUCUCAACAGCGGUGAAAUCGCCAAUGACGACGACGAUCAAUUGUUUUACACAAAAGUCUUCUUAGACGAAAAGAAACGCCAAGAGCUUAAUAUUAAACUCGAUCACCGUUCCGAACUAUUCCAGAAUCUCAAUGGAGCUCUCUCCGAUGUUGAACUCCGCUUUAUUGGCACCGAAUCUCACUUAGAAAACACUGUCUACAACACCGUUCCUCUAGUCAUCCACGCCAAUGGACCUACCAAGCUAUUCCUUAACACCUUAGGAAAUUACAUUCCAAAGAGCUGGAACGCUGACGAAGGUUGUCUAAAUUGCUGGGAAGAUAUGAAUAGUCUCGAGAAGAAAAAGCCGAAGGAUUUCCCUAAAGUAGUGAUUGGAAUUUUCAUCGAAAAUCCUACACCGUUUUUCGAAGAAUUUCUACACAAAUUCCUAGCAUUGAGUUACCCUAAAGAUAAAAUCAAUCUUUACAUUCAUAACGGGGCAUCCUACCAUGGCAAACAGAUUGCUGGUUUUGUUGAGUCUCAUGGGGAAGAAUAUGCUAGUGUCAAGCUGAUAAAUCACGAAGAAAACGUUAAAGAGUGGCAUGCUCGCAAUUUGGGAAUUGAGGAGUGUCUGAAGAAAAAGUGUGAGUACUACUUUAACGUAGAUUCACUCGCCCACAUCGAUAAUCCACAUACCCUCAAGUUGUUGAUCGAACAGAAUCGUCCUGUGGUGGCCCCAAUGAUGAUUCGUCCGUACCAAGCUUGGUCUAACUUCUGGGGAUCUUUGACGGCUGACGGUUUCUACGCGCGUUCCAUCGACUACAUGGAAAUUGUCCAAGGACAGCGAAGGGGCUUGUGGAAUGUUCCGUUCGUCACCAGCGUUUACCUUGUGAGGGGAGACAUUAUUCAUAAUCCAAAAACCAAACCGAAUUACAUCUAUAAUCUGCUCGAUGCCGAUAUGGCAUUCUGCACCAACAUGCGCAACAACGACGUCUAUCUCUAUGUCACUAACCGACUUGAUUGGGGCCAUUUGGUUACUGUUGACAAUUUCGAGACUCACCAUUUCAACAAUGAAUUGUACGAGGUCCAGAACAAUCGCUGGGAUUGGGAGAAACGAUAUCUUCAUGUAAACUACAGCCAAAACCUCGACACCAAUUUAAAUGUUACUAUGCCAUGCCCGGACGUUUUCUGGUUCCCCAUGGUUACGGAACGUUUUUGCGACGAGUUGGUCGGCGAAAUGGAAAACUUUGGCCAAUGGUCUGACGGUUCCAAUUCUGACCCACGUUUGGAGGGUGGCUAUGAAUCGGUCCCAACGCGUGAUAUUCACAUGAAGCAGAUAGGUCUUGAGCCCGGCUGGUUACAUUUUCUACAGCAUUAUGUCCAGCCACUUCAACAGCGAGUUUAUGAAGGAUACUGGAAUGACCCACCCCGUUCAACCAUGAACUUUGUGGUGCGCUAUAGACCAGACGAACAACCAUUUUUGAAGCCUCAUCACGAUUCAUCCACAUAUACGAUCAAUCUUGCCCUCAACCGACCCAAAAUCGAUUACGAGGGCGGUGGUUGCAGAUUCCUAAGGUACAAUUGCAGUGUGCAGGAUACUCGUAAGGGUUGGAUGCUUAUGCAUCCCGGUCGUCUAACCCAUUAUCACGAGGGGCUUUACGUUACCAAGGGAACUCGAUACAUUAUGAUUUCCUUCGUCGACCCUUAAAUUGGAUGUUCUGCACCAAGAAGUUUUAAAAUCACAACGCUUUUAUUUUUCACGACACUGGAAAUUUCUUUUAUUACUUCUGUUAUGUAUAAACCUGUGCCUUGUCCAUUUGAUUGGCUUUAAAGGAGACUUGGCUUAUCUUUUGUCAGUGCAAUUGAUGGUAAUAAAAAAGAAAAUAUGUGCCUUUUGAUUGUCAAAA